AUGGCAAUAAGCUUUCGGCUGGCACGGAGCCUUCCCAGGCGCUCCUUCACUCCAGGUCUAAGAUGCGUCAGUGAGCAGCCCAAAUCUGCCGCUCAUGCUCUCCAAUCGCCACUGAGAGCGGUAGAUGACUUCCAGUACAUGUCGCGAGAAGAGGAACGUAUCGUUAGAACUACAUUGCACGAAGUGGGGACCCAAGCCGACAUGAAGCUCUCUCUGAAGGUUUAUCACUUUCAGGAGCUUUCGCGAACAUCCCUGUCCGACGACCGUCUGCGAAGGGAUUCGCGGUACGUUCGCUUGAAGCAGGACUUGCAAGAAGAGGUGUCCCAGCUGUCGCCUGCACAGCUCGUAGCGGCAAUGGUUUCUUGCGGCCGCUUGCGUGUGCAAGAGAAGGCAAUUUGGUGGGAUUUGGCGCGUGCAGUGGAACGGCAUACGGUCAAAACUCGCAGUGGUGCACCGGGCCUGCAGCACUCACAGAUUUGUUUGGUCAUGUACUCGCUGGGAAAAGCCAAUAUAAAGAUCAAGGACCGCUUCUACUAUCGCACUUUCAAACUAAUGGUGCGCAAUGCGGAAGUCUGGACAGAGUUCGAUAUGGCUUGGAUCCUGUACGCGAUGCGAAAACGCAGGCUUAAGCCUUUUGUUGAGGAGAAAAAGGAGCAUCAGAUGUGGGCCAAGGUUACGAUGAAUGUCGCUGCUUACUUCAGCCAGAAGAUGCACUUCAUGUCACCACAAGGAAUUGUUUUCAUCCUUUACGAGUUCGCCAAGCAAGGGCUUUACCCAGGCGCAUCGAUCUUCCGAGCAGGCCGGCGUGUUCGGAAGCACGUCGCCUCCUUGAGCAACAAAGCCUUGGUGUGCCUUGCAGUUCUACUUGCCAAGUUCGACUGGCCAGAGCGCCGCCUCUUGAAGAAGCUCAGCGCCGAGGUGACGAAGCCACGGCGUCUGGUGCAGCUGCAUCCCAACAUGUUGGCCGUGAUCUUGCACGCCUACGCCAGGCUUGAUGUCCGUGACAUAGCUCUCCUGGAGAGCAUCACCGAAAAGCUGAGCAGGUCUCCAGAGAAAAUGGCCCGCAGAUACACCACGACAGUAGCACAAUCCCUUGGCCGCCUGGGAGUGCGGGGUACCGUUUGGAAGCCGCUUUCCGAGCGAAUCUCCGAGCAAAUUGACUUCUACAGUCCACUCGAGAUGGCCCUGAUCGCCCAUGCAUUUGGCAAGGCUGCCGUGCGUGAGCGGAGUCUCCUGGAGGGUCCACUCACGGAAGCUGCCCUGGCAACUGUCAGUGGUUAUACGCCAAAGCUUAUCGCUUGCCUGCUAGAUGGCUUGACCAUGGCAGGCUGCUUGCGUGAAGACUUGUUCAGCUCCUUCAUGGAAGAAUACAUUCGCCUGGGCUCGAUUGGUGGUCGGCAGCGGCAACACAUGAUGGCACGGAUAUUGUUCGCAGUCAUGCUCGAAAGAAAACAUCUGCUGGAAAACCGAAGCGCGGCAUGGCAGCCACUGCUAAGCCGCAUAGAGCAUGCACCCACAGAUGCGGUGCCGUUGCCGCACCACCGAGAGUUAGCCAGCUGUGCACGGGCAUUAUCUCUGGACGCCCGCGUUCGACGGCGGAAGGGCCCGUACAUCGUGGACUUGCAUGUGCCGGUGGACGCCCACAUUCCGGCAAAUCCUGGUGCUAAGCACGUGAUCUCGGGCCUGGCAAUCCACCUCAUGGCCGAGGCGGAGUUUUGCCCCCUGACUGGUGAGUUGCUGGGGCCCACACGGCUAAGACGUCGCCAGUUGGAGCGCAUGGGCUGGCAGCACUUGGGACUUCGGCGCAAGGAGUGGUUGGCUCUGCCCGAUACCGAUGCACGGGUCACCGCCCUAGAGGCCCUGCUCGUGAAGCACGUUCCCCUGCGGCGCCGUUCCUUGACGGAACAAGCUCUGCCCCUCCAGAUCACUGACUCGCAGCAAGUCCUUCUGCCGAGCUCCUCCGCCCUUCAGGAGUCGCACGAGUCGGAGACCGGAGAUGUGAGCCGAGAGCCAGCUUUGCUAGAAAGCAUCGAGGCCUCGGAGCCGGAUCAGGAG